AUGCAGACCCGGUCGACGAAGGCGAACAUGAAAAAUGCUUCCCAGACGCCACCGGAGAACCAGCAGCAGCAGGCCCAGGGUCGAGGGUCUCAUCCUCAAGUCUCAGACUACAACGACCAACUCGCCGAACAAACUGAACAACAGCAGCAACAGCAGCAGAAUUCGGAUCAGUGGACGAGCAGUUCUGAAUCAGUGGUGACCCAAAAGCCUUUUGCUCAGCGAAAUAAGUGUGGAAUGACUCUCUACAGCAAAUCCGAGCUGAUGGUGCCGUUCGUGUUCUCAACUUCGAACAGUUGCGAACCAAAUUCAAUGAUACGAGUUCAUGCCGAGUAUACUGAGGAGAGAUACGCAAAUAAACCCGUCGAGCGUUGUCCGAAUCACCAGUACAAGGAUACAUUGGCAGCUACUGCUAAUAUCCGCCAACAUUUUGUACGAUGCGAACACGUUGGCGCCGAGUAUGUUGAAAAAGACGGCGGCUACUUCGUGCGUAUUCCGAUGUGUGACUCUACUGGUUUCGCCUUUACAUGCUUCAGCUCGUGCUCGGGUGGCAUAAAUCGUCGUCCGCUUCAGCUUGUGUUCACGCUAGAGGCACCAGGGACGGGCAAGGUUCUGGACAUAUGUCUCAUCGCACUGAAAGUAUGCGCGAAUCCACUUCGCGACUCCUCCAAAGAAGAUGACAAGAUGUACGCUUUCGAUUCGUCUUGCGAUCCAUUUGGUGAUAAAAAGGAAUUGGCUCCUUUAUUGCACGCGCUUUGCGUCCCUAACGCUAAAUGCACCGAAGAAGGAGCGCCGAAUGGACCAGGCUUGAAAGGCAUAAGUACGCGUAGAAGAGCUGUAAGACCCGAAGAAACGAUGUUCAAGCGUGGUCGCGGUAGAUUUUGCGAUGACAGCUGCUUCAUUUUCGAACUUCACAUGAACGAUUUUUCGAAGUUCCGUAAGUUUCUUUGGUAUAUGGCAAAUGAGGAUAAAAUCGAUCAGCUAAUCAGCUUGGACACACCUGAGAAUCCUUUCCGAGAAGAAGAUUCCAUGUUCAGCGUUGAAACCCCCUUCAAAUAG